CGCCGUGACCCGGAAGAGCUCGGUGGAGGCGGGGAAAUUUUUGAACAAUGUGUGUUGAAAACGAGAUUUGAUUAAAAAACUCAAGUGUUUCAUCUGCUGAAACCCUUUUUCAAAGGAGAAAUUGGAAGUUUAUCUUACCAGUGAUUUCCCUAAAACGACAGAAGAAGUCUCCUAUGUCCCUUCCUCCCAGUUUCAGUCACUUCAACACACGUUGCUGCUGUUGCCAAAGGAAUUGUUCCAGCUCAGUUUGCUGUGCAGCAGGGUGGAAUCUCGUACUGGUACAAGGGAGAAAACACGUGAUUCAGAGGCCGGCGACCACGAUUCUGAUUUCGACAAUGACAAGAAGCUGAGCCGAUUAAACUGCUGGGUAUUGGGAAAGCUGCUCCUUUGGGAAAAAAAAGGGAUGUCAUGAAGUAACCCACUGCAGCCAGCCCUGGUAACUUCAUGGGAACAGCAGUGAGGUUGAAAGGAAACUUUUAAAAGAAAAGCGAGCUUUUCCAGACUGAAGCUGAGGACUUGGGAAGAAUACAUAAAAUGUCUUCGGAAGGAAAAAAGCUUUUCAACAUCGUUAUUUUGGGAGUCUCAUUUAUGUUUAUAUUCACUGCUUUCCAAUCCUGUGGAAAUAUUGCGCAAACUGUUAUCACGAAUUUAAACAGCACAGACUUUCAUGGCAGUGGCUACACGAGCAUGUCCAUUAUUUAUGGAGUAUUGUCUGCAUCAAAUCUUAUAUCUCCUUCACUGGUUGCAAUAGUGGGACCUCAAUUCUCCAUGGUUAUUAGUGGUGUGUUUUAUAGCCUGUAUAUUGCAGUCUUUAUCCAACCAGCUACAUGGGCUUUCUACACUGCCUCUGUGCUUAUUGGCAUUGCAGCUGCUGUCCUCUGGACAGCCCAGGGAAAUUGCUUGACUGAAAAUUCUGAUGAAAACACCAUUGGAAGGAACAGUGGAAUAUUUUGGGCACUCCUACAGUGCAGCUUGAUUUUUGGAAAUCUGUACAUAUACUUCGCUUGGCAAGGAAAAACUCACAUAUCAGAGAGCGAUCGCAGAACUGUCUUCAUUGCUCUGACUGUUAUCAGUCUUGUGGGCACAGUUCUGUUCUUUCUGAUUAGGAAACGAGAGGACACAAAAGCUCCAGGGGAUGAUGAUUCCACUAAUGAAAUCCUCGGGGAGAGCUCGUCUGCAGGAAACAAAAUGGUGAGAGCAGUGGCUGCCUUCAAGAAAUCUAUUACACUGAGCUUCACCAAAGAGAUGCUGCUUCUCAGUGUUACCACAGCCUACACAGGUUUGGUGUUAACAUUCUUUUCUGGAGUGUAUGGAACGUGCAUUGGUGCUGUGAAUAGGUUUGGCACUGAAGAGAAAAGCCUCAUUGGUCUCUCUGGUAUUUUUAUUGGUGUUGGAGAAAUCUUGGGGGGAGGAAUCUUUGGCCUGCUGAGCAAGAAGAGUUGCUCUGGCAGGAACCCAGUGGUGAUGCUGGGACUCUUUGUCCACUUCAUAGCCUUUUAUUUAAUUUUUUUCAACGUGCCAAAUGAUGCUCCCAUUGCUCCUAUGGAAGGAACAGAUCAAGUUGCUUAUAUGAUUCCAAGCAAAGAUGUGGCCAUGCUCUGCAGCUUCCUGCUGGGGCUGGGGGACAGCUGCUUCAACACCCAGCUCCUCAGUAUUUUGGGAUUCCUGUAUUCAGAGGACAGUGCUCCUGCCUUUGCCAUCUUUAAGUUUGUUCAGUCCAUCUGUGCUGCAGUUGCCUAUUUCUACAGCAACUACUUCCUGCUGCAGUGGCAGCUCCUGAUCAUGGUGCUGGUGGGUUUCUUUGGAACCAUCACCUUCUUCACCGUGGAGUGGGGAGCAGCAGCAGCCCUCGCUGCCCGUGGCUCAGACUACAGCAGCAUCUGAUCCCUGUGCCAGGCCUGCUCUGCCAGGAGGAACAGCACGGGCACGGUUCUUGGGAGGUGUGGAAAGGUGAAAGAGGUCGAGAUGGAGGAAGCUGCUGCUUCAGUCCAACUGGAUGUGAGACAGGAGGGAAAAAAAAAAACCACGCCACGUUUAAAGGCUUUUUUUUUCCUUGCUUUGAUCAUCUGAGCGUGGUGUUGUGCUGUUAAAAACCUGGUAUUGGAAAUGGAGGGAAAUGUAGGGAGCCGUGUAUUGAACAGUUCUCUUCUGGGAUGUCCCUUUCAGAAUGUAAUUGCCUAAUUUCACUCUGCCAUGCACUACAGAAUUACUUUGGGGUUUUGUCCCUUAAAUUAUUUUUUCCUAUAUUCUAGUUCUGCGGACAUUUGAAUUCCCGUAUUGAAUGAGUGAUAUUUUUAUAAGGUAGAUUAUAUUGCAGAUCAUGUCUGCACAGCUGAGCAAUCAAUCUGGCAUUGAAUUUUUCAACAAUUACAUGUGAGGAAGUAUUUCUGGGAGAAAUGUUGCCUUAUUCUGUAUCCCUCAGCUCCUUGUUUACCAACCAUUUGUUUAUUAAUCUAUUUCGUGUGCUUAAGUUGUCAGAUCCAUGGGGGAUUUUUUGUUUGGUUGUUUUUUUUCCCGUUUUGGGCUUUUUUGGGUUUGGUGGUUUUAAUCCUUUUUGUAGGGAAGUCCAUCAGGUUAUGGUGUGACAUGAUAGAUUUUACAAGAAUUUGAAGAAAUCACCCUUGGCCAUCUUAAAGAUGGGAUCCCAAGGCCUGUGAAAUAUUGAUGGUGGAAAACAGCUUCUGGCUCAGCAUCUCAGAACUGAGCUGUGUUGGGAAAGAUGCUGAACCUUCCUCAGGGUAGUGCUUUAUGAAGGACCAUAAUCCACAGCUUCCCUCCCAGAAUGCCAAACAGUUCUUUCGAGUUCGAUGGCAUUUUCAUCAUAAAAUGAUGAGAAUCUGUGGUGGGAGCACUAAGACAACUUUUAAAAAUAUAGAUAGUCUCAGAAAGUGAACGGUCAGAAUAAUAUUGCAGUGUUUAUUCUACUGCAUAACCUGAAACACUUGUCCUAAGUUGUUUUAUUCAGUCUGUUUUGGGAAAAUUGAACUGUAAUCUUACUCCACCAAACAGGAAAGCAAGGUUGCUGGCAUAAUAACUAAAUUUGAAUCCAGAACUGUUACAGAUGAUGUAACAGGCAGUGACUUUUAUCUGCCUACAUAAAACUCUGAAGUACUUGCAGUUGUGUUUGUCAGGUGGGCAGAGAGCAGGCAUGGAACACUGAUAAGGUGUUUUUAGACACUCUGAGGAGCUAUUUUUAGAGAAGUACUGUUCACCAGCCUUCUUUUAUGCCCCGUCAGAAUGUUAAUGUCUUGUCUUUAAAGACAAGUUAAAAGAGACUCGGCUGGUGUCAGUAGCUCCCACGUGUUGUAACUGUGUAGGAACUCCUGAGGUUAACCCUGGGGAGGGAGGGUGGCAUCUCCUGGGACUUUUGCUGUCACUUUUGCUCUCCGGGAGCGCUGUCACAUCCCUCGUGGAGCACAGCCAAACAGCCCAGGGGGAUCUUUUUUUUUUUCAGGGAUAGAGAAAGGGAUUUUUAAAUUCAAGGCAGGUUUUUGCUGGGAGAUCAGCAAGGUGUUAAUGGGGGGAGAAGAGAGCACCUGAACAUCCAGCAAGCUGAGAAAUCUGUGAGGACAACCAGAAGACAGAGGCUGGUGUGUAUUCCCGGGAGAUUUAAUGAGUGAUGUAAAACAGAAUGAGGCAGAACACGGAUUUGAGUGAGGGGUUACCAGAGCCAUUCCAAUUUGUCAGGCAGACUGAAAAAGCAUUCGGUGUUCAAUCAAUGUGUGAUUAAUGGGACCAGCAGCACUGCAAAGCCUCUCUCACCCACUCCUGUUAUCCUGCAAUUUGAAGCAUACCGUUUUUAUAUACUGAGCACUACAGAGGUGUGGAUUAAAGGGCGCUGCCAGUGAUUAAAAUUCUCUUGUUGCUACACAUUUGUAUUUUCUCCAGAGUACCAAAAGGGAUAAAGAGCUUUUUUUUUUCCAGAUAGGGAAUUACUGUUUUUUUUGUUUUUUUUUUUUUCCUCCAAACCCUUUCAGGGCCCUGUUUUCCCCAUCACAUUAAUGAGAGCAGAAAAACUUGAAAGUUCACAAGGAGCAGGUUUUUUUCUUACAGGGUAUUUGGGGAGAAAAAUGAUUCUUGAGCCUAUAGUGAUGAAUAACUUGUAAGUGCUUUUUAAACAAUGUCAUUUAACUGUAAGUAGGUUAUGGCUCUCAUGAGGUUGCUUUUUAAAUUGAUCCCUUCAACUGAUGCACUUCUGUGAUGUACAUUUGCCAUGUAAGAAUUACAUGAACUAUUUUAUUAGAAAUUAAAAGUGCUAAGCUCA